CCCCUGUUUAUGUUGUAGAUUAUUGUCAUCUAUUUCACCUGAAUUCCAUACGAGCAACUUGUGUCAUUUCAGGAUGACUUUAUUUUCUUCUUCCCGUGCCCGGCACUUCACGACGAUCAUGUCGCGCCCCUACGCUUUCCUCGUCGCGGCCAUGCUUGCGGCCUCCAGCCUCUCCCCCGACGACCUGGUGGGCCGGAGUAGAGGUUGUGGCGGCAGCGUUAUUUUCAACUAUGUUUCCUUCCUCCGUGGCGUUACCGGAUUUAAAGUCGAGCGAGAUACCGAACAUGACUCAGCGAGCAGUACACAACAAGAACAACUCUUCACGAGGACCGCCGCGCUGUCUGAUACUACUUCUACUUCGCGACUUGAAGAUGAUGAAAUGGCCGCUGCUGGAAGACCAACACCAGGCCGCGCAACAAGAAGCAGUGUAGUCGGGAGCGCCAGCACGAUGCCUUCUAGCACCGAGGGACCAACAUUGGGAGAUCUUUCUCGUCGUAACAGUGGUACUGGUGCCGAAGGAGCCCCCUCUAGUACGACGUCGACGCCCGGCAACAAGCGCGACAUCUAUUUUGUGCCAGAUGUUGGUGCUGACAAAAACAAAAUGCUGCCUCACGUCGACCAGAGGAAACAGGAACAACCCCCGCCGCCGCCUAUGCAAGAAAAAAACAUUGUAGGUGUAACUUUUUUGGGGGAACCGCAUUACAAAUUUGCCCGGCAUGACAGCAAAAACCUGUCAUGCGCAGAUAGAACGUGAAAACGCCCUUUAAUGGACCCUAAGAUGUAUGCCAAGCAUGACAGACGCAAUCAUCUUGCAUGUUGCGCAUCACAAAUUUACACUAACAGCGUUUUUUUCUUGGAUACCGCCGGCUGAAGAUGCAGCACCUAUGUGGGAAUUUGACUACGAUGAGGAAGACUACGAGAACGACGAGUCGCACCUGGUCGCCAGCUCGCAACAAAUUUUGUCCCGACAGCUCGCGGACCUCAGCGGGGCGAGUACCGCACCACAUCAGCGGGCGAGACGGAGAGGUGGAAAGAAAACACGAAGAGCGGGGAGAAAAAGUUCGAGAAGCAGCACUUCUACUCGAAGUGCACGACCAACAGCUCCUUCAAGUACUAAGAGCGCGGCUGCCACGACGUCCACUAGUACCACGACGCAAUCCGUACCGUCCUCCGAGACUUCCGCAGCGUCCUCCGCUGCAGAUGUGGUCCUGCCCCCGGACGACCACCACGUCGUAAAACAAUCCAAAAUCGAGGACGCAGGAAAUAAGAUGGAAAACAAGACAUCGAGAGCGUCGACAAGUAGGAGCAGCACUACUUCUAGCACCACUACAACCACAAUGACGACGGUUGUGGGUGGGAAAAAUGAAACCAUUUUUUUCACGCUGCCCCUCGGCAGGAGAACUCCUCGAGGAGGUAGUAGUGCAGCUGGCGGGGGCGAGAACAGUACAAGUAGGACAGCCGCGAGAACUUCUACACCAGUAAGAGAGCCUGCACGUGCAUCUGCAUCGCCACCUUCAACUACAUUGUCAUCUUCGCGUCUCCCUUCAUCCGACCACUUGUUCGAGGGCAUUGAAAAUGCUUCGUCCAUUUUGAACAAGACGUCGUCUUUCGACUUCGAUGCCGCAACCACACCGACGAACAGUUCGAGUUCCGCCAGCGCAACUUGGCACGCCUCUACUUCUUCUUCUCCUCGAGGAACAUCAUCCAGCGAAGAGGAAAGUAGAGCUUUUGGUCCUCAAAAUGUGGAAGAUCUUGAUCGUGAGCAGGCACGGCUGGGAGUUGCAGAUGACGAAGAAGUUAUUUCACAAGCCACAUCCUUCGCCUUUCUCGGGGGGCUGGGGCUCGGCGGAAAAAAUCCUUUCGAACUUGUACCAGGCUUUUAUAACCCAGGCACACCUGCUCGGGGCGACUACCUCAACGCCAAUAACGAGAUGCUCUCCAAGAGCUUGAACUUGCCCAACAGAGAGAAAUAUGAAUUGCAAAACAAGUAUCGUACUCGUAUAAAUGCAUUACAAAUUUCCUCAGCAUGAGAGAUAAAAUUUGCAAUCCUGAUUUACCUUAAGAGAAAGAUAUGCAUGAUUGCGAAUACGAGUGCGAUACUUUUGCACAGGAUAAGAAACCAGACGAGCUUCUCGAGGAGACACAACCGUUUCAUAUGGCGUUCUCAAACGUUACAUUCUCAACUGUUGCAUAAAUUUCUGAUGCAAGAAGCGCAACACUGAAAAGGGCAAGCUCGCAACUUUCGCAUCGCAAAUUUGGCACAGAUUUAGGCACUGUUUAGCCCUUCGGGGAUUUGUCAUGCGAGAUAGCUUGAUCGUCUGGCGGCUCGUGGUAAUUUCGCAUGACAAAUCAUGCAACAGCUGAGAAUGUAACGCUUGAGAGUCCUAUAUUUCAUGGCCGCGUUGUGGAGGUCCCCGUCGAACACCUGAAAAUCUAUGUUGCGAAAAAGGAAGACGAUAACCUCAGAAGAGCCGUACGGUACGUGGCACUCCCAGCAGUGUCCUCGGCGAGAGACCUCGAGACUGAUAAACCCAACAAGUACUGGACGUUCUUUACCGAAGACGCGCCGGGAACCGACGACUUUUAUCCAGGAAAAUAAAACACCCACGACACCCACGAUCCAAUUUGUCAUGCAAAAAAUGCAUAAAGUCCCGUGUUUGUGAUGCAAAAAAUGGAUGGGGGUCGUGAGUCUCUCUUUUUGUGGAUAACCUUCUGUCGCUACCUUUCAGGAUGCCGUCGCCCACAGAGGAACUCAAUCCUAUUAAAGCGCGAGUGAUGCUCAACUGGCACGAGCGAAAAGGUUGUAUGUACCACGAGACCGAGAAACCACUGGGACGCCACGUGUGGAUAACCAAGCCACUUUUCUUUGCAGAUCAUGAACGAACAACGGGGACAGAAGGAGCAGAAGAGGCCACGACCGCCACGCAGCAGGGCUUUGCGCAGAUGUUGCACCUGAUGCCGUCAGACCCGCAUCCUGAAAGCAGUAUGCAGUUUGUCAGAGCUGCUUAUCCUCCGUACAAAUACCCAAAAAAGGGAGAAACGGCCUUGCCCCUCCAACAACCGGGAGGUGGAACGAGCAACGACAAGCCUUUCAUUUUCUUCCCCGACGUUUCUCAUUGUCCGCCUUCCGAUGAACAUGCUCGAAUGAGCUCCGCAUACCCGGCAGAGGUCACAGUUCCGGCGCAACACCUGCCCCUCUACUGUGUGACGAACCCAUAUGGAUGUGUCAGAGUUGAAAUCGACAAAGUUGAAAUAAUUUGUAAUGCGGAAAAUCGAUACCAGUUGGAAGCCCAAUUUCUAAGCGGCGCAUGACAAAUUUAGGAAGAGCCUAAAUCCAGUUUGCCAUGCUGUUUGGGUAAGGAAGACGCCCUUUGUCAUGCUACUUUAGCAUCUCUUUUUUUACCCCUUAAGAGGCUUACAAUCUGCCUCACUUGCCUACCCUGCAAGACAGGCACUUUGUGGGUUGCAUUUUAUGCAUCGCAAACCAUUUCAACUUUGAAGAUUUCAAUCCUGACACUUCCAUAACCCAGAAAGCAGAGAGGAGGAGCGGUACACGCUACUACCCUACUGGGAUUUGACCAAGGUCAUGGCCCUAUCCUGAGUAAAAACGUACCCACACCAGAGUCAGGAUGGGGAUUUUGCAACACAAACCUAGGAGUUUUUUGAGUCACGCAUGACAAGUUUCAGUCCGUAAGCUAGUGCAAGUCAGCAAGGAAAGCCGCAUCACAAAUUGACCUUCUGAUCCUGUUUACAGCAUUACAAGUUCCCAAACACGAUUGAAAAUGCCUGUCAUGGGGUUGCGCAUCGCAAAUGUUCCUGUCAUGGCAAAUCUGCAUGACAACUCUGGGGUGGGGACGUUUUUACACAGGAUAGGCCCAGCCCUCGUCUCCCGGCUCCCGCCGCCUCUCGGACGGUCGAACCGGGUUUAUGUGGUACAAGGAAGAUGAGCCCCACAGCUAUACCUUUCUGACCCGCCAAAGCCCGCUAAAUGUUCUUGGUGCAGAAGCACCUGGUGAGUUGUCCUACGACCGAAACGAGCUCCUGCUGUCGCAUAUCCCGCGUUUACGCGAAAUCGUCCGAGAAUGCACCGCUCGGGUCUUCCUGCCGAUUUCUACUGCUGUGACAGAAGCUGGCCCCAGACAUUUCGUCGACGUUGUCGACCCAAGCUUCAGCUCGCUAGACAGUCCUUACUUUUUCCAUUUUGUUUACCUAGUAAAAACGCCAAAGGAUCUGGAACGUGGCGACUUUACCAGGCUCGCUUGGAAAUUCACGGGGCUGGAAAAGGAAAAAGAUCCGCACAAGGACGAUCGGGCCGCAAUGACAGAGCGGAAAGCUCUGAAGGAGGAUCCGGAGGCGCGCACAAACGUCCAAGGCUGGAAAAUGCAGCAGAAGCACUUCUUGGCGGACCAGCUGCAAUCGCCCCAGGAGCAGGAGAGCAGCCUGGUCGAGAUCCCGGAAAAGUAUUUUCUGAAAGCAGACGAGAGCGUGAUGAAAGUGUACGAGCAGCUAAGGGGACAGUGUUACCGAACCAAGGACCAGAAGACCAAAGGCCGCGCGACCAAGUUGUUGCAAAUUGCCGAGGUGAAAAUGACGGUAGACCACGCACUGGAGAAGCGAACCAUCAAGACCAAGCUGCAGAAGCACUUUGAGAAGUUGAAAAGGGGGUGCGCCGAGGCCAACCGGGGUGCGACGAAGCUGACGGCGCUCACGAACCCGGAAGACGUGGCACUGAAUGACCUGGUGGAGCGGCUCGAUAUUGCUUCUCGGGGGGCGUUCCUCUUCGUGGACGACACGGAAGGGUGGGCGAGCGCCUUUGACCUCACGGAAGAGCAGUUGGUGAAAAUUCUGCAGCGGAUGCGACUGGAACCCGGCUGCGACGACGAGGUACAGGUUUCUGCCCCGCCGACAUCGUCCUCGCGUGAAGUUAGUAGUAGUACUGCAACAAGAACCGUGAAGAUAAGUGAGCAGCACCUGCAGACCUGCCAAUGGGUGUUUGACCACAUCGCGUGGCGGAAGCCCGCACCUGUUGCGUCGUCGUCGUCGUCGUCGUCGUCCCGAGCAGAGCAGGAGCAGCUUUCAUGCGACGAUCUGUCCGCGAAGUUGUCGAACGCGCUCGGAUGCAUGCCCAAGUCGCACGAGCUGGAGGAAGGCUCGAAUAAGCCGCGCCCGGGGUUCAUCAAUCUGCCCGUGAAGGACCUGACGUUCUUGCGCAUUGUCGGCAAUUUAGCGACGAACCUCCUUUCCGAAAUCACCCAGACCGCCGAAUCCUUCCAGCCGAAAAUGCGGGACUUUUUCUUGGAAAUGGUGCCCGAACUGAUGGCGGGUUUGCUGUCGGCACAACUUACCCUUUAUCCCGCAGAAAAAAGCAGGCAGGUCAGAUUUGUAAUGCAAAAAUAAAUAGACAGGAAAACCAAACUCUGCGCUGCGUAUCCCAAACAGCAUGCUAUGGGGUUGCGCAUGACAGAUUUUUCUGCGUAUUUAUUUUUGCAUUACAAAUGUGCCCUGCCUGCUUUUUUCUGUGGGAUACCCUCUGGGUGGACAAUUUGGACGGAGACCGCGACGGCAUGGUGUGUCCGAACGAGAUCAGCAAUCUGCUGAUUCUGGAGGAUAUGGAUUGCAAAUAUGUCUGGGUCUCCUGGAAACUUGUGAUGCAAGUCCGUGAAGAACAAUAAGUGCUCAGUAAUGCGCCGCCAAGCAUGACAAGUUUUUUGGUGCCUGUGUGCUGCGUAGUUCGCAUGAGAAACUGCGCUUUUGCAUGACAGGGAAGAGGACCUCUUGGUGGCCACGCAAUACGAAGUGCAGAGUCAUGCCAGACUACUAGCAUGACAAGUCUCGCCAUCUUCCAGACCCAGACCUUUUUGCAUUCCAUAGGGGAGGGGCAAAAGCACAUCAUCGACCCUCUUCGGGACGCCAUCGAGUCCAUUCCGGUUCCGGGCGGGUUCCCCAAGUACGUGUCCGGGGUAGUCCAGGAGGUCUGGGAGGACGCGGCAGAGCUGAUGAUGAUCUACGUGGAUUACUUAUCACAGGAAAAAGUGUUAACGUUAACGGAAUUUGUGAUGCAGUAAUGUAUCACAAAACGUGCCCAAAUUUGUCAUGCAUAGCAUGCAUACUAGGCAAAAUCUGUCAUGCAUAUCUGCACCCUGCUAUGAAAGCCGUUAACGUUAACACUUUUUUGUUGGAUAUUACUAUCUCUCGGAGGCGUUGAAUAACGCCGCGUCCGUAUCCCGCGCAAAAACGUCCCCACGACCCCAUAGUCAAGUUGGGAAUUCUGAAACACAAACUCAGAAGUUUUGGGAGUCACGCAUGACAAGCUUUUCUCCGGCGUAUUGUAGUGCAGGUUACUUAGCACGGGCGACCGCAUCACAAAUCCAUCUUCUUAUCGUGUUUGCAGCGUCACAAAUUCUGAAGCACGACAGAAAAUGCUUCUCAGCAUGGGGAUGCGCAUGACAAAUUAUCCCCCACUCCCUGUACUAGAUGCGUGUCUGCAUGACAACUCUGGGGUGGAGACGUUUUUGCUGAGGAUAGUCCGUCGUUUUCGAGAAGACGAUGCAGUGGACGCUUGGCGUCGAAUAUCGCGAGAAAAAACUGUUUCACUGUAAACUUGUAAUGCAGAAAAUGCAUCUGAGAAGUAUCUGUCUUGCUACACAUGCAAAACAAUGGAUUUUUAGCUGUGUUGUCCCUUAGGAAUCUCGCAUGGUAAAUUUUCUCCGUGAUGUAGAACAAACUUGUGAUGCAGAACUUGCAAAAUCCUUACAGGGAAACACUUUUUUCUCACGAUAUCGAAUUCGACCUGCCGGUGGAGUCGCACGGGCUUUGCCAGACGGCGCUGCGGCAGAGCGCUGCGGAAAACAACUUUGCCCUGACCAACAAAUGCCCGAUCGACGAGUUUUGUCGUGGGAAGGAACAUAUGCAUUGCAAAAGUAUCGUACUAGUACAAACCGCAAUACAAAUUUUUCCAGAAGGGAAAAUGGAAUUUGUAAUGCUGUUUUCGCUAAGAAACAAGAUUUGUCAUGCAUGAUUGCAAUUAGUACGAGUACGAUACUUUUGCACAGGAUAGAACACCUGCUGUCCGACGUUCUUCCCGGCGAGGACGUGGACCAUGGCAGCAGCUCGCACCACCACCAGACGGGCGGAACUCUCGUGACGCACGGAUCAGGAAGUGAUCUUGGUCAAGAGCGACCUGACGAGGAACUGCACGAGGGCCACGUCGAUGUGGUCCUCCCGGGCGGUGGGGGGCAGGAUCAUCAUGAUCAAGGAUCUUUCUUACCGCCCCGCGAUCAUCAUUCUGAUUCAGAUGUCGCGGGGCAGCUGGGGGCGAGAACAACGAUCACGAGGACCCGUAGUAGAAGAGGAAGUAGAGCUUCAGCAGACAAGCUGCUGUCGCGGCUUGCGCGGGGCGGGAAGCUGCACCGGCGACUAUCGACGACAGAACUCGAGGAAUACCAGAUGGAGCGGCGGGAACAACGGCACCGAAUGAAAGCCGGCACAGAUCUGCAGGAAGUAGUGGAGGAGGCCAAGGAACAGCAAAAACGCAAGCUACGCGAGGAGUUGGACGCACGCGUAUCCUGUGCAAAAGUAUCGUACUCGUACUAUUGCAGUCAUGCAUUUUUACAAUUUUUUUUCUCAAGGUGAAUUCCCAUUACAAAUUUUAUUUCUCAUGCUGAAGGAAUUUGUCAUGCAUUUAUACGAGUACGAUACUUUUGCAGUUCAUAACGCGCACGGAGGGGCGAUUUCAGCAUGGAGUUUAUCUCGGAGCCGAAUGGGGAAAGCGAAACCGAUUCAGAGUCGGCCUUAUCCCUCCGAGCGCCUCUGCGACGUAGCUUUUCGUCCCCUGGAAUGCUGGAAGACCAACUGCACGACGACGACCUGUCGGGCCGCGCGGCGAGGGAGGACGAGGGCAGCACAGCACUGGUACGUGCUGUUCAUAAAAAGAAGCAGGGGGAUGGUUGUUGCGACGGGGAAGAAUCUGCGACAACGACAGAAAUUGUUUCGCGAUCGGGGGGAAACGACCCUCAAGGAGAAGAGGAUCAUGAUGGUGAAGGGGGCGGAGGUCUUGGAACUUCUACACCAAGGAGGCUAGUGGACGGACCACAACUCGGGGCGAUCGAGGACGCCCGUGGUCUUCACGGGCACCAUGGUCAAGAACAUCAACCGGGAGGCACGCUGGUCACGGUUCAAGACGAGGAUCCCCUCCGGUCAGCAGGAGCUCCUGGGGAUGAAAUUGCAACAAGUACAUCCACAAGUGGAAGUAGAAUCACGAAGCUGAAUGUGCACGGGGUGCUGUGGUCCUUGCACGUUUUGUACCCCCAGUAUGUGCCCUCGCCCGUCGCCUCGGCAAAAAAGGAUGGCCACCACUCUAGUAAGGACCAGUGUCGCGCCGUGCACAACGUGUUGACCCAGCAGGACCGGGUCUGGUGCUUCCCCACGCCCGCAUCCAUUGCAAAAACCUUCAACAAGUUCUCCAAGGACAUGGUGAACCAGUUCAAAAAAAAGCCAAAGGCGAAAGCAGAGCAAAAAGCAAAAGCUACAGCAUUUUUGGAGAAAGACAAAGUGACCAAGAUAAACAAGAAAACGUCGCAACAAGUCAAAGGAUCUGGAUCUGACGGCGUUGAUGCGGCCCGUGGAUCGGGCGAUGCUGCUGAAGAACCAGACGACGAAGGCGGUCAGGAAGAGGACGAGGCAAGUGAAGAUGGCGGUCUUGAUGAAAUGGAUUCAACGAGCGCAGGAGAUGAUGAACAUCAUGGUUUUAGUAGUGCGCCGUCUAGAUCAAGGUCUACUAUUAGCGACGAUAUGAGCGGGAGUGGCGGCGAAGAUGAUGAUGAAAUAUUGGACGGUUCUCAACACGGGGAGGACCACGAAAACCAGGACAACGGCCAGCACAGAAGUACAACUGGUGAACCUGCAGCUAUCAAAUGCAAAAAUGUCUGGGUCUGGAAACUUGUAAUGCUGCGUUGGGAAUAAUGAAUGCUCUGUAAUGCACAGCCAAGCAUGAGAAAUAUCUGCGCUGCUUUGUGUUGCGUUUUUUGCAUGACAAGCUGCGUUUUUGCAUGACAGACAAAAGGGUCUUUUCUUGGACACGCAUCACAAACUUUUUGGUCAUGUCAGACAAGCAUGACAAAUCUCGCAAUCUUCCAGACCCAGACAUUUUUGCAUUUGAUAGCAGCGCACUCGGGAGGACGAGGGAAAAAGAAACACGAGCACCAGAACUACGACCUGGACAAGGUGUUAACGCAGUGGCGGAAAAACUGGAAGCGAGAAAUGAUGAUCCGCUCGGUGAUGGACAUUAUAAAAGAAGUAAUCCAAUUAUGCAUUACAAAUUUCCCGUACAUGUACAAAAUGCAUCACAAAUUUCGCCAAUUUGGGGUGUAAAACUUGUCAUGCUAAACGAGGAUCGAAGCCAAGUUUUGUCAUGCAGAGACAGCAUUUGUACGUGUGCGGGAAAUUUCCUGUGGAUACCAAUCCGCGGAGUUUGCCGAGGGGACGUUGCGCAAGUCGCUUGCGCAAGGGGUCGAGCAUAUCCUGUGCAAAAGUAUCGUACUCGUAUUGCAGUCAUGCAUUACAAAUUUUUUUCUGAAAGCAAACCCGCAUUACAAAUUUCAUUUCUCAUGCUGAGGAAAUUUGUCAUGCAUUUAUACGAAUACGAUAGCGAUACUUUUGCAAUGCAUAGAGCACGCUUUUGAACUAAGGGGCGGGUUUCAGAAUGCGAUCGCGAGUCU